UAUAGAGGCCUCUAUUUAGGAGAAAACGGUUAGGGAUUUCGGUUGACCACUCCCCGACGGUCAUACUUGUUUUAUUAAGACGCGACGGAGCACCGAUUUCGCCCUUUAACUUUUCUGAAUCGAAAAUGGCCUGAAAUCUGGCCUCAAAAGUGCAACACUAGAAGCGAAUUAUAAAGUAAGUGAACCAGACGGUGAAAAAUCGAGCCAAACUGUAUAAUAAUUGCCGAAAACCUACCUAGUUUGAUGGUAUUUCGCGUGUGUAUGUGUGAGAAAAAGAAAAAGUGAUAGGCUGGGACAUCUGAAAAAAAAUAUAUAAUUAGGGAUAAAUAAAUAAUAAAAAAAUAAGUAAAUGGAAACGAGAAAUAAAGCGCGAUUUAAGUUAUUUUUUAAACAGAAGUUUGAAAAUUGCAGAUUCCCAGCCUGAGAUCGGGAAGUGUCGCGAAAAAAAAGGGAAAAUUGAGAAGUGAAGCGAAAACGGAAAAGUCAAACAACGCCCAAGGAGCAGAGUGGCGAAAACAACAAGCGAUAACAAGAAGAAGAAGAGCCAGCAAGCGAAGCUGCGUUUUGUUGAUUCUUUUUUUUUUUUUAAUUCAAGUAGACAGAGACACUCCUUGUAUUUCGCAUUUUCGCAGCGAGAGACAACAACUAUCAUUCCAGCUAAGUGAACAUGUUUUUGGCCAACAUAACAUAGAACCAUAAAAAAAAAAAAUCUGUUGUGCGUGUGUGUGUGGCAGCACUAGAAGCAGCAGCACCACCAGCGAGCACAUUUUUCCCGUGGAAAAAUCGCAUACAUACACACAAGCACAGCCACGCACGCACACGGACACGGACACCGACACCGACGAAAGGAAAAACUAACACAUACUCAUAAAAAAACAUAUAUAUAUAUUAUAAUAUAUAUAUAUAUAGAAAAAUCGGUACGAAAAUCAUGUCCAGCUGGGCCGAACGCGUUCACAGGCGUGCCGCCGAUCUCGGCAACGUGGUCACCUCCUGCGGCCAUCCCGCCACCGCCCCCGCCUACCCCUACCGCCUCGAGAAGGUUAAGUUCGGUGUACCAUUGGAGGAGGUGUGCAAGCACAACAACAUUCCCGGACCACUGCUAGUCCUUAUAUUGAAACUGAACAAGGAGUCGCCAAAUCGUCAGAAUGUAUUCCGUGCACCCGGCCAUCAGGGGGCCAUGAAGAAGCUCAUCCACUUCCUGCAGUCCGGCCGGCUGGUCAACGUCGACAACUACUCGGUCUUCACCAUAGCCAGUGUCCUGAAGAAGUUCCUGCGGAAGAUCCCAAAUGGGAUCUUUGGAAGGAGUGGGGAGAUGGAACUGUUUGCCAUCAAUGAGCUGCAGAACGAAGCGGAGCAGAUGGAGCGACUGCACAGACUGUUCGCUUCGCUGCCAAAGUACACACAGCAUCUGUUGGUUCUGUUGUUUGGAACAUUCCGGGUCAUAGCCAGCAAUGCGGCCCACGCCUCCACCGGAAUGACCAGCGAGGCCCUGGGCGUCUCGGUGGCCCCCAGUUUCUUUCAGUCGUGUGUCAGUGAUGGGAAGACGGCGCGUAUGGAGGAUGUGCUCAAGUUCAAGGUUGCCACCAAGAUCAUGCAGAAUAUAAUCGAUAAGUUCGCCACUCAUGACAUUUUUGGGCGGGAGAACUACCAGUACUAUGCCCGCGUCACAGGACGCAUUCUGAAGGUGCAGGACGAAUGGAUAUGCAGCUUCCAGUACCCGCCGCCGCCACGUGGCAAGUUGGCCCAGCAGAAGUAUGCCUUGCAACAUUCUUUGGAGGCGGAGAAGACAUGGCUGCAGUGCCAGUGCGAGCGUUGGGGCUUACUGGCCCAGGAGGAGUCCCGAUCGACGCCCGCCCUGCUGACCAGCUCCAGUUCGGCGCUGGAGAACAGUGUCCUGUCGCUGGGCGUCUCCCCGGAGCACUCGUUCAUCGAGAGCUGUGCCCGGCUGUCGGUAUCGCUGGAGGGUCCCGGCAUCUUCGCCAUGACCUCAUCCCCCUUACCGGCAAAGCGGAAUGGAAACGGAAACGGCAACGGCAAUGGCAACGCUACCGACUACGACUACGAUGAUUAUGCCGACGAUGAUGAGGAUAACGAUGAGCUGGAUGGUGUCCAUGACUUCGGGCCCGACCUGGAGAUCAGCAGCAUAGCUCCGGCGCAGGGCAGCCGCGGCAUCUACCGCCACAAGCAGCGCCUCCAGCAGCCGAAUCCCUACCAACAGCACCACCACCAGCCGGCCCAGCAGCCGGACUACGAGGACGACGACGACGACGAUGAGGACGACAUGACCGUGGUGAAGCGGCGCUAUCGCCAGAACAAGAAGAAACAGCUGCCGACCAGCGGCAGCCACCACCAGCGGCGACUGCGAGCCGGAACCAAGAGCCUGGAUGGCGGCGGCGAGCGACGUCCCGCCGGCUCAGGCGCUGCUGCCGGUUCGGUGGCCGACGGAGCAGCCGGAAAUCCCACGCCGCCCAAGCUCAAGCAGCGCACCUGCAGUCGCUGCAAUCGGGGAAUACGGCACAGCAGCUCGUGCAGCUCGAAUUCCGCCGGAGCCACCGGGUCGAACUGCGCCGGCGGUGGACCGGGAGCUGGCAACGGCGGGGGAGCCGAGGGCGGCAUGACCAUGGAGGAGCUGAGGGCCGUCAACCGCUAUGCGGAGAGCACCAAGAGCCUCUCGUAUCUGCCACAGGUCCAUGAACGCCAAACCGCACGAAUGCGCACCCGUUCCGAGUGGUUCUUGGGUCCUCGGGACGCUGUUGUGACGCUGCAGUUGCCGGCGGACACGUGCAGCAACUGCUGCCUGGCGGCUGCCGCCGGCUACCUCGGAGGCGGCAGUACGCGCGACAUGCGGCAGGCCCAGACGGAGGGCGAGCGUAGCCAGGCGGCGCUCUUGUAUCACUUCUAUCGCAGGCAACAGCAGCAGGAGCAGCAGGACCAGGAACAGCAUCCGUUCGAGGACAUGAUGGACACGGAGGAUAGCUAUGGACAGCAGCAGAGGGAGCAACAGCAGCAACAGCAACAGAUACAUUCCAAGGGCCUAUUGCGGCCACCGCCCAUGCAACAUCAGCAGCAACAACAGCAGCAGCAGCAGCAGCAACGUCGUCUGCUGCUGGACGUCAAUUCGGUUGGCAACAUCCGUUUGAGUAACAGCGCCGAGUCCAUUCAGUAUGCAGCCCGACGACCCCACGCCACCAACAUCGCCAGCCUCCAGAUCAAUCCCACCCUCGGCGGCGCCACCAACACCCACAAUCCCACCACCCGGCGCCUGCUCAUCAAUGUGCCGCGCCAGUAUCGUUCCUCGCUGCGACGCAACAAGGAGAAACAGAUCGGCGGCAAUAGUCAGAGCAACAGUAGCAAUAGCCUGGGCAGUGAUCAGCUGACCGGCAAUUCUGGAAUAUCAUCUGCAGCUGGCGGAGAUGCCUACCAGGCGUUGAACAAGCCACUCCUAAUGGUGGGCCUUCUACCGGGUGCCGAACAGCCGCCGUCGGUGAGGAACUCCAUUGCCGAGUGCGGGAUGAGCAGCACCCACGACGGCAGCGAGCAGAUGGACGUCGGUGUGGAGUGCAGCACCACGCUGAGCUUCAAGCCGCCAAGGCUGUAACAGGGUGACCAGGAACCACCGAGUGGCGUCGCGGAUAACUGAGGACAUUAACCAACCAAUCAACCAUUGAUUUUUACCACGAUAAGAUCUAACAAUUUUUAAAUGUAACCCAAGCGAGCAAAUUUUAAAUGUAAUUCGAAAAACAAAACACAAAAGUAGGGCAUUUUCGAAAAUAAUUAGAGAUUUAAAAAGAUGGAAAGUGUAAAUCGAAGAAUAAUUGUAUGAAACAAUGAAUUUAAAUGUUUAUUUUUAUUAUUACUUUUGUUUAAAUUUUAAAUCUCUAAUGAUUUCGGAGAGAUCCCUGCCCGGAAAAUACAUCAUCUAUCAUCUAAAUUAGAGACUACUGCUAAUGAUAUAUGUAUUUAAUGUGUAUAGCAAGAAAAGGCUGAUUUUCUUUAGUUAAACAAACAAACAAACAAACAAAAAAACAAAAACAAAAAGAUGAAACAAAUUUAAUUGAAAAAGAAAGAAAAACUGAUGUAAACUAUAUGAUGUAAUGCAACAAAUUGCCAAAUUUUAUUCAGCAUUCAGUUUUGUCGUUUAAGUUAGGUUGAUUUUAUUGUACUAUGUGUUAUAGCCAAGAAUCUCUCAAACUUGAACAUUGUCAAGGUAGAUUAUAAACGAAACUUUAACCUGAUCGCAACAAACGAAACAACGACACAAGAACCAUACAAGAAUGCUAUCAAAUUCUCAAAAGAUUCAGAAUCAGAACAAUCAUGCACCGAUUUCGACCCUACAGGACCCUCUAUUCUAAUAAAUGUACACCUAAAUCCUGAACCUGAACCCAAACCGAAAAAAAAACUAAAACAAAAUUAAUGAAGCUCUUAAUGCAAUCAAGAAACUAUUAAGAUUCAUUUCUGAUACAGACAAGUACAAAGGCAUAACUAAACAGAAACCAAUCGAAAAUAUCUAAAUAUAUAUAUAUAUUCUACAUUAUUCUUACAAAGAUAUAAACUACUAAAUUAGCAUUUAAUAUCUAGUUAAGCGUUUUCAAAUUAUACUUGUAACUAUGAAAGGAAAUCAAUUUGUAAUACUGUGUGUGUGUGUCCAAGAUAUAUGUGCAUUGUAUAUUUCUUACACGAUCUGCUAACACAGCCGCCCUACCUUCGGGGAGUCAGAACUACCAAAAAAAAAAAAGAAACAGAAAAAACAUCAGCUAUAUCAAUUCCAUUUUAUAUAACAAACUGACUUAGCCAAUCCCCUGUUCGACUAGUUUUUAGACAAUUCCAAUCCAAGAAGUAUGACGAUCUCUUUAGAUCGAUUUCCACUGCCCCGCACCUAAACACAAAACAAAAAAAAUAAAUAAAUAGUUCUUUUUCCCUAGAAAUCCCCAUCAAACUUGCAGAUCUUUUCAGUAAAUUUUGAAAAAAUCCUUGCAAAGUUCGACAAAAAAAAAAAAAGAAGAAUUUCCCCCGCUGUGUUUUGCCACAAAGUUGUGUGUUUUGUUAAAUAAAAUUUACAUAAUUAAUCGUAACUGUUAGUUAAAUAAAUAAAUCGAAAAGUUGAAAAUCAAUUCUUUGGCCAUUUUCGUACCUAGUAUGAAAAGAAUCCAUUAUUAUACACGUACUAUAUAGUAUACAAGAUAAGUAGCCUAUAAAGAUCUGAAUGUUGCCCAGAACGAAACACCAAUUUGUUGAUGAGAAGAUAAAAAAAAAAGAAAAUACUUUAUUAUAUCGACAUAAUUUUUAUUGCUGUGUAUGGUAGGCUAUAAGCUAUAAAAUAUAUAUAUAUAUAUAUAUAUAUACAUAUAUAUGUAUAAAUCUUAAAUUACGAGUUCGAGUGAAGUACAUUCAUUAGCCCCUAAAAAAAAACUAUUACAUAAAUAUAUAUAUUGUAAAUGAUGACGGAAAGGUUAUAUAUUAUAGGUGUACGCUAUAUAUAGUGAGCAGGAUUUGUUCCACACAAUUUAAAUUUGCAUUAAAAGUGCAAAAUGCAUUUCGAAUACAUUUUUCAAAUAUAUUAUAAUCAGAUUCUUAGCUCUUUUGAUUUUUUUACUUCUUCACGGCAUGAGGUAUCGCCUGAUCGCCGUGAGAGCGAUACAGCACUUCCACUCCAAUUUCUGUAUGCAAAACAGUGAAAAGAACCGACAAAAAUCAUAUAGUACAUACAAUGUAACUAAUUACUGAAUGGAAAAUAUAAAUAUUUCAAUUGAA